AUGGCUGAGCCCCAAUUGACGGCUGAAGAGCUCGCGAAGCGGCUCCGGGAUUUGACGAUCAUCAAAAGCGUAGACCGUACGUUUUCUCCUCCUCCUCCUCCUCCUCCUCCUACUCAUAUUCCCAUUCACCCCUCUCACCCACUCGCCCUCGCCCUCGCUCUCGCUCUUUCUCUCUUCCGUGUUUCACCACCCUCCGUCCGAAUCACUCAUAAUAAUCACCACUCUAAACCCCGAACCACCCAAUCAGUCUCAGCGACGGUCAUCUUCCUAUGGGACUACCUCCUAACACUAGGGCUGGAAGUCGAGCACAUCUGGGCGGGCCGAUGGACAGUCGUCAAAGCCAUCUUCCUCAUCCAGCGAUACAUCCCGUUCUUCGACAUCAUGUGGUUCGGGAUGCACGUCGUCCUCUGCUUCCGCGUCUGGGCCGUCUGGAACCGGAACAAAAUAAUGACCGUCCUCCUUCCCAUCCUCUUCGCGAGCUGCUGGGUCCCCCCAAUCGUGUUCCUCGUCAUGUUCAUGAAAUCCGUCGUUUGUGAGUCCGAACCGUUCGCCUACCGCUCUCAUGCGCUCGUCUUCUCCCGUCGACUUCCUCCCAUCGGCUUCUCCCUCACAUUCGAAAAUAACAAACUCAUUUCUCACCCAUUCACAGUCACCGAAAUCGCCCCGCCCUUCCUCGGCUGCGUCGUCGUCUCCGCAGACCAAAUAAUCGCACUAAGCUGGAUAUUCUUGGUCAUCUGGGAUGCGCGUAAGUGGUUGUGGCUCGACACAUUCUCCCCGCCUCUCAAACUUACCGACUCCCUGUCGUCAGUGAUCCUCAUGCUGAUGCUGGUCCCCGCACUCAAAGCUCUCCAGUACAGCGGCCAUACCGCGCUGUUUAGGACGGUCUAUGGCGAAGGGAUUAUCUACUAUUUCUACCUCUUCGUCAUCUCACUCGUCAACUUGCUCUUAAACCGAAAUACAUCGAUCGAUGUACCCUAUCGGUUCCUUGCCGUAGCCAUGCUCCGCUCCCUCCACGCCGUCCUCACAUCCCGCGCGCUCCUGCACAUCCGGGCCCAGAUCAAGCGCGGGCAGCUGCACGGGCUCGGCAGCCUCCAGAUCAGCGCAGCGCAGAGCACAGACUUACGGGAAUAUCAGGUUCGAGAGGGGCUCGAAUAG